CGGUCGUACCGUGGACGACGUAGUGUUAAUGAAAAGUAAAAACGCAAUAUUCUUUUUUCUGUUAACUAUGCUCCAGUAGAGGGAGCGAACCGUCGAGCGAUCGCACGCAGUGAAGCUAGAUAAACAAACCAUAAAAAAAUGGCGUCUUCGGACCCAACAAAAUCAUUGUUUACAACGCAAACGGAAAAACCGAACCAUUAUACCUAUCUGAAGGAGUUCCGCGUCGAACAGUGCCCCUCGUUCCUGCAGCACAAAUGCAAUCAACAUCGGCCGUUCGUGUGCUUCAACUGGCACUUUAUGAACCAGCGCCGCCGCCGUCCCGUACGCAGACGGGACGGUUCGUUCAACUACAGUGCCGAUAACUACUGCCCGAAGUACGACGAAACGACCGGAAUAUGCCCGGACGGGGACGACUGCCCCUUUCUGCACCGCACCGCUGGUGACACGGAGCGGCGGUACCAUCUGCGUUACUACAAGACGUGCAUGUGCGUGCACGACACGGAUACGCGUGGGUACUGCGUGAAGAAUGGGCACCACUGCGCGUUCGCGCACGGCAUCCACGACCAGCGGCCGCCGGUGUACGACAUCAAGGAGCUGGAGGCGCUGCAGAACGCGGAGGUGACGGGCGAGGGGCUGAACGGGCCGAACGUGCUCGACAAGGAGCGCAACCUGAUGAACGAGGACCCGAAGUGGCAGGACACGAACUACGUGCUGGCGCACUACAAGACGGAACCGUGCAAGCGUCCGCCGCGGCUGUGCCGGCAGGGCUACGCCUGCCCGCAGUUCCACAACAGCAAGGACAAGCGGCGCAGCCCGCGGAAGUACAAGUACCGCUCGACCCCGUGCCCGAACGUCAAGCACGGCGAGGAGUGGGGCGAGCCGGCCAACUGUGAGGCCGGCGAAAACUGCCAGUACUGCCACACGCGCACGGAGCAACAGUUCCACCCGGAGAUCUACAAGUCGACCAAGUGCAACGACGUCCAGCAGGCCGGCUACUGUCCGCGCUCGGUGUUUUGCGCCUUCGCGCACGUAGAGCCGUAUCUACCGGAGGACAUCAGUCGCGAGCUUGACUCGCUUGCCCUGAGCGACAUGUUGUCCUCGGUGCUUCCGUCGGGCGACGGUGGUGGAAGUAACGGUGGUGCAGGUGCGGGCGGUGCCGGGACUUCCGGUGGCAGUGUGGGUGGCUCGGGCGUCGUCGGACCACCGCCGGGCGUACUCGGUGGGCUGGGGCCCAGCGCAAACUCCACCGGCGGUCCGAUCGGAAGCGGUGUGGUCGGUAGCAAAAAGGAGAACCACGAGCUAGGGAAUCUUUCGUACUUCCAGCUGCUGCAGAACGGCAGCGCCGAGAGCAGCGAAUCGGCCAGCACCAGCAGUCUCGGUUCGAACCACAGCUCGCACAACAAGGCACCCGGUUCGCAGCUGCAGCACCAAAAGGCGAACGCCAACCUGCUCGGCAAUGGUCACGGUAGCGGCGGUGGCAAUCCGCUUUGCGGGCUCGGCCUGCUAAGCAACGGCGGUCCAAACGGCGGAAGCAAUGGCAGCGGAGCGGGAGGUGGCGCCGGCGGCGGCGGUAGCUCUUUGCUGUCCAAUCUUGACUUCAAUUCGGACCUUCCGAAACAGAUGGUAGCUAUCGACAAUGAUCCCACGCUCAACCCGAUGGAGCGUGAGCAGCGCAAGCGAAUGUGUCUCACGUUUAACCUACGUAAUAUAGGCUCACCUCUAGAUACCAUGUACGAUUUGGGCCGGCGUGAUAACCUACACGGGCUGGAAAAUCCAAUGUCCGGUCUGACCUCGGCCGGGUUGCUAGCUAGCAGCUCGGCACCGGUCAACAUUCCCGGUUCACCGAUGGGCAAUUCCAUCUCUGGCAUUCUCCAGGGCACGUCCGCACCGGUUAACAUUCCUGGCAGCUCUCUAGGUCACAACUUCAGUCCGUCGUCGCACUCGAAUUUAUUCGGCCUGAACGAUCCAUUCGGCACGCAUCACAUCGGCAGCGGCUCGGCGCCGAAGCUGAGCAGCAACUCCUACGGGCACAAUCACACCGAUAAUCUCUUCUUCCAACCGCACAUAAUAUCGCCGGUGCUCGGCGACGGGCUGUCCGCCAGCCCGGAAAUCAGACGAAUGCCUGAUUUGAAUCCACUGAAUAGUGAGCUAAGUAGUACCACAACUAAUAUGCUGUUCGCUGACAGUCAACACCACCAGUCGCAACAGCCUCAGCAGCAGCAGCAGCAGCAACAACAGCAGCAGCAGCAACAGCAGCAACAGCAGCAACAGCAGCAACAACAACAGCAACAGCAGCAGCAACAACAGCAGCAACAUCAAGUACAACAGCAGCAGCAGGCGCAACAGUUGCAGCACCAGCUGCAGCAUCAGGCAUCGAUGGCUGUUGCCGCCGUCAAGUCGAUGACGCCAAACCAGUACGCGAUAUCGCCGAUGAUAGCGGACGGCAUCAAUCGCAUGCGGGAAGAGAUGAACAAGACGGCCCAACAGCAGCAGAUGCUCAACUGGGAGGAGCAUGUCCUACAGGCGACGAACGCCUGCGAAGCCUGGAAGGCGCAGAUGGAGGAGAGCAAUCGCAAGACGGUGAUUGCUGAGCAGCAGCGGGACGAAGCGCUGUCGCAUGUGAAGGCGUUGAAAGAAAAGGUGGAACAGCUUACCUUAUCCGGUACCACCAACUACCGGUCGAGCGAUCUGCGUGGCAUGUCGCUGCCCAAGUUGAAAAGCAUUCAGGCCAAGUUGCGGGCGGAAAUCGAGGAAGUAGAGAAAGUAUUAUACCAAGCGACGGCCAACAAGUGCAUGAAGUGCGAGGAGAACAAUCGUUCCGUCACGCUGGUACCCUGCAACCACUACGUUGUGUGCGACUCGUGUGCAUCGACCCAGCGUGAAUGUCCUUACUGUCAGACGCCGGUCACGUCACAGGCGUAGGUAGUUGCGAACAGUAUCGGAGUGCUACUGAUGGAGCUGCGGUCCCGUACCACCACCUCAUACGCGAGACAAGUGACACGGGGCCAACACGCGGCUGGCGCACCUACCGUCUGGUGACUAAAAAAUUGUGAAAAAAAACAACCCUACCGCAACGUGGCACUCUACGCAUCGAGCAGAGGUAGCGUUGAAGGCACAUGCUAGGGAUUAGGAUUUUAAUGUCAAACGUACUAUACUACCCAAUAAUUUCUAAGAACAUUCUACUUUUAUAAUGUCCUGUGACUAGCGCUCUUGAGGUUGCUUUUGUACGCGCCAGUUCAAAUUUAUUGUAUUCUGUUUUUCUACAAACUUUCCCUUUCGGCACAGAAGUCCGGAUAACAUUACGCUGUACUACGUUUAACACUCAACAUAGCGACGAAAGUUUAUACCUUUUUUUUUUACUGUCUGUGUGAUUCCAACACAACAGCGCAUGCUUGUAGCGAUCGCGGGGGGGAGAUACAAAUAAGGUUUAAAUGGUGAUUUAAACAAUUUUAACGUGUACAAAACCUUGUACAAUGCCGUUUUCGUCAAAUGUAAAUUAUUUAUUUCACAAACGAAGGUAUGCUACGCCUUCUUCUUCGUUGCCGUAACGUCCGUCUUCGGUCUAAUGCCUACCGAUUAUCUAAGUUUACUUGAGUUUUCCCUUUGCGUCCGGCAUCGAUCUAUGUAAGAUAGUUUCAAAUUUUUUUAAAUUUUAACAUAUUUAAUUCAUGUGAUGUGUUUUGUUUCGUAAUGUCGUAAUGUAACUUUCUCGUGGUUGUGUAUGUAACACAAAAAGUAAACAAUCUUUGAAAACAGCGAAAAAAUGGGGAAUUGACUAAAUUUAAAAAAUUGGUUUUGUCUUUUGAGGUGUCAAGAUGAUUCCUAGAUAUUAAAAACGAUCUAAACUCUGCGUCGAUAUGUUGAGUGUCCAGCAUGACGAGUCAUUCUCUAAUACAAAUGGUGAGCUUGGAUCAACCUAAUCCAUUUGCAAUCCGGUCGUUUUGGAGAUUUCGUAAUCAAGUCUUGUUUGUUUUUUAUUUGAUGAACCUUUUCAUCAAUUUUAAUUUGUGUUUGCGACUGCAUCGCAGAUCAAAUUAGUUGAGUUGUGUUUAAAUUGAGUUGAAGCGUACCGUAAAGCGUACGGUAAACGAAGCGUAAUCGCUGGUCUCUCGUGUAUCGGGCCAAGCGAUAUCUGUGUUUUGUUUAUGUUUUUUUUGACCAGAUUACACAUGCGAUUAUAGGGUAUGAAAGCCAAAAUAAUGUUGGACAGAUUGAGCAGCGGAAUUACACGAUUACGGUAGCGAUUACACUUCGUUUCCCGUACCCGUAAGACAUGCGUAAUGCGUAAGACACGGUGUACAGCGAUUCCGUAAAUCUAAUUUAAAUGUAAUUUAUGCAUUAUUAAAUAGGCAAUGGUUUUUUCUGCUCUGCAUUCGUGCGCCGCUUGCUUUCUCGUAACGAAAAAUCACGUAAUUUCUGCCAGUACAUGUAUGUGUCCAUGUAAACUAUGAAAACAUUUCUUCUUUUUCUCAAAACUGCAUAACGGUCACUAGUUAAGGAUUUCUUAAACAAUCUGGAAGCGAGUUUGUGUACGACGAUGGCGCACGAUUUUGAAUAAGUUCGGCAGGUAAUGAAGGGCGUCUGGUUCGAAUAUUGUUACGCUUGGUGUUGUAUUCAUUGUGAUAUGCACAUAUUGAACUUACCAGUAACAUGGAAGAGCAUUAGCGACUUUUAAAUACGACCCCGCAUCGGAAAUAACAUAUUAGUUGCAAGCGAUCCUCGAGCGCCACUAAUAACAACGCUUCCCACACAUCCGUUACUUAAUCAAAAGGAAGGCAGAGUUGAAAACGGGGGAGGCGUAGAAAGCAAUUUACAGUUUGAAGCAUUUAUGAAGAGAAUAGGAUGUAUUUAGUACGGAAAUUACGAUUAUUGUUUUACCACUUCUUUUAUCUUGUGUUUUUAAUUCACAAUCCCCUUUUCAUAAGGCAGAAGGAUUGCUUCUUCUCUAAUGCAAUUUAAACAUAACGAUCGCUAAGAUAAAAUCGACUGGCUGUAAUGGAUGUGUGAGUUUCGUCUGUUGCGAUGCUCCCGGUGUUGACUGUAAACAGAAGGAUAGUUAAAUCCAUAGUGUUACUACUGAAACAAGGCUUCGAUUAAGUGUACAGACUAUUUCGGCAAAGACGUCAGAGCGACAAAAAGAUAAAAUUAUAUACACACACAUAUUCCAGUGUGUUACUUUUUAAGACUCAGAUAGAGAAGGAUGGUUUUAUUUAUUUGCUGAGUUUAUGCUUGUAGAUUGAAUCAACAUU